CGUUCUUCGGCAGCACGCUCGAGGCCAGCGAGGACGUGUGGAACAAGAUCCUGCAGAUCAAUGUGACAGCAACAGCAUUGCUGGUCGGCCUGGUCGUGCCCCACAUGGAGAAACGGGGGGGUGGCUCCAUCGUCCUCGUCUCCUCCAUCGCCGGGUUCUCCCCCUUCCCGGCGCUGGGCCCGUAUAGCGUCAGUAAAACGGCCCUGCUGGGGCUCAGCAAGGCCCUGGCGCCCGAGCUCGGCGCCCUCAACAUCCGCAUCAACUGCCUGGCACCGGGGAUCAUACAGACCAACUUCAGCUCGGCCCUGUGGAAGGACGAGGCCGUAAAGGAGAAAAUGAUGGAGAACCUGAGACUGCAAAG